AUGGAAGCGAUGCAGCAGACGACGCGCUAUGGGGAAGAACUUCAUCAGCUCACCUUGCUUCUAAACUCACUCGACUUAAUCGAUCCCGAGAAAAACCCAAUACCAGUCGCCGAUGCAACUCUAGAGAUCCUAUCAAAUCUCGACAAGACUUUAGAAAGCACUGUAUCGGCCGUCGUCUCCCUCACCCUUGAAUCACCUCUAGCAGACGAAAACCAUGAUCACGACCUACAGAAGUUGAAAGCCUUUCGAUGCUCUUAUCUACAAAAGAGAAUCAAGCUUCUAGUAGGAAGCGAUAUCUAUCACCAUUUGUUCCGGUAUCUACUUCCGCUCUUUAUCCGAUGGUGCGCUAUCGCGGAUAUCACGGUCGAAGAUGAUUUGAAGGAGGGAUCCGAUUUGAGGGAAAGAAUCCAGGCCACUAUAUCUUAUUGCAACAAGACGAUUGCUAGAACGAUCCUAUGGUGCCGAAGAUCCGACUGGACUAUCAUCCACAUAGCUUGGAUAGGAGCAUCCGUAACAGUUAAUGAUGUUCUAGAGACACUCACUUGCCGAACGAACUGCACGACCCAAUCAACACCGGCAGCCGAUCCUAACAAUAAUGAGCAGACAAACGCCAAAACGGAAUUGAUUUUUGUAGCUGCUCAGUCAGCCAUACCGCUUGUCAAGUUAGCAAGGAUCUUGGUCACAAAAACCACAGAAAAGAUUUGGCAGAAACGGAUGGUAUUAGCACGGGGUACAACACUAGAGCUCAACUCCGAGACAAUCAGGCAGUUACACGAAACCCCUACAGCGAUCGACAGCCUUAACCAUCUGUCCAACCUCUUGAUGUCUCUGGACCGCCCCGCUCCAGAAAUCUCGGAUGAGGAUCAAGACAGCAUUCGUUAUUCAGUCCAAUGCCUUCCAAAGGACAUGGAAUCCACCUUGACCAUCCUAGAUUCGGUUCUGAUUCCCCUCCUGGCCGAAAUCGAAGAUGAUUUACCCGAGCCUCACUUGAAACCUUUCAUUCCGGACUUGAAACAAUGUUGGGAUGAGGCAAGUAAACAGUUGUUGGAUGUGAUCUUGUCCUUUGGAGUUGAACACCUAGCCACUUGGGUUUAG